AAACUGGACAAGAGUGAAUGGAUUCAGUAUAGAACUUGCCUGUCAACGUCGCAGUACGGGCAGUCGCAAGAGUCUACGGGCGCGUUCAUUUCUAUGUGAUUAACAAAUACAAUCAACAUAAAUAAUAAUGAUGGCUCAGCUGCAAAUUGAAUGAUCUGAAAAUAAGACAAAAAAAACUGCCCAUCACUGCUCGUCACCGACGGUGCAGCAAUCUGUUUAUCCAAAGUGUAAUGUGUUUUGUGUGAUUUUUUUUAUCUCGAUUUCUGCAGCUCAGUCACGACUCAGCUGCUGAACGUGAGGGUAUUUUGGACGACAAUAAUCACAAUCAGGGACGAAGUCUCGAAAGAACGGCCUACUACGACUGCUCAUUAUAGAUUCAGUGGAUCGAAUCACGGCGCUACUACUGUGCUCUGGUUUGCGUUGAGAUCGCUCAUAAAAAAACUAAAAACAACUGUUCAAAACAGACAACCUUACUGAAAGUUUUGCACAAAAAUGCACAUGCACAUGUCAUUCUGGUGGGGUGCCGACGUGGGCGAUGUGUUCUUCCAGGGACUCACGGUGAGCACGACUGGAGCGAUGGUGGCCCUCUGUGUGACACUCGCAGUGCUGUCUAUCGUGUACGAGGGUCUCAAGGUCCAUGGCGCCAAAGUGCGAGCCCGUGCGGCUCGGGAACGUAAGCGUUCCGGUUCUUGCCCUCCCAGCGAGAGCGCUACGCUCCUGUCCCUGGAAGCCGCCCCCGGUGUGCUACUUCCCCUCUCACGGCGAGUACUUGCGUUCUUUGCCGAGGCCACCCUUUUCCUGAUGCACAACAUGCUUGGCUACGCCCUGAUGCUGACAGUGAUGAUCUACAAUGGGUACUUAUUUGUUGCGGUUGUUGCUGGCAUGGCCCUGGGGUACUUCUUCUUCGGGCAUCUAUCGAUGAAGGUCAACAUGGAGAAUGUUCAGGCCCGUCAGACGAACGUGAUCUGCACAGCGCGCUGUUUGCAGGCAGCCGAAUCCUGUGCCAUGAGUCACUCAGCACCCUGUCCUUCCUCUCGUCCCCAAGUGAAUCGCUCCAAUUACCAAACCAUCUAUUCCUGAUCUACACCUGUAGUAGAAACGUAUCGUAGCGUUUGCUUGCAUCCACGUAGUUUCAGUUACCACUUUUCAGUUCCCGUUCAUCCAUCGUCGGUUUUUUUGUUUGUUUCGCUCCUCCCCUGCAGAUUCGGUGAACCCAUCGGCUUCUUCCAGUCUCGAGUACCAUGGAUCGAACGAGCACAACUACGACCGGGCUGGACCGUCCACCUCGACCGUAGUGGUUCAUCACCAGCAUUGCUAGUUCUAGGUACCGCCAUUAGCAACCAAACAUUGUCAGCGUUUUCCACCGAGACUAGCACAAGAUAUUACGUAAUCUCAGCCAUAGUGUUGGCCGGAUCAACAAAAAUGCAAAAACCAUCAAAGAUAAGUGUUACGCAACCAAAUCACAAACAAACCCGGGGGAUCAUUGCAAUCGUCGCCAUUUUGCGUAGUCCAAAGCAAACAAAAAUUUCAGAAAAAAGUAGGAUAUAUGUUGUGAUCUUUGAGAUCGUUUAUGAAAGCAUUCAAGCCGUAUUAAAAGACAAAUUAAAUAGCAAAACAAAUAAGAAACUGUGAAGCCAAUCAACGUAGUCAGCUGUCGACGUUAUCGUGUGAACGUUUUAGGCCCUAUUUGUUAAGUCUCAGUCUACUAAAUCUUCUUCCAAUUGGUGCUUGGUUAUAGUAACUGUUUUUAGUAAGAUUCAUGUGCUGAUUUACGUAAGAGAGACGAUACACAUAGUGUACGUUUGAACUGAAACCGUAGGUUCUUUCUGUCGCUGCAGAAUAGCUAUUUGGUAAUUUUAAAUAGAUUUUUACGUAAUAUAUUUUUGUUAUAUUUUACCCUUCAGUGUGAUAAUUUUUUGUCAACGAAUUUGCGUCCUUUUAUUCGAAUGGGUUGAGUAGAAGGGCAAUAGAUGUCCUUAAUAUUGAACUUGUCUAGGCUAUUGCAGUACAAUUCGUUAUGACCAUAUUUAAAGAUAUAAUAUAGUAAAUAAAUAAAUAAUAUGAGUAUUAAAAA